UUCCAGUGGUUUAGAAUGCUGUUGGAGCCAAUCUCAUUGCUCGCAGCUAAUCAGGACUCCCAGAACCUGAAGGAAGUGAAGAAGCAUCACAAAGCCUCACACAGUGAGGUAAGGGACUUUGUUCCAUCGGCUUCACCAAGGACAGUGAGCCCAGGCAGACCGCAUGCUCUGCACUGCCUCACCGCCCCUGUGAUUCGUCUCAUCCAUAAUAUCACGGAAUUUGUCAUGUUGUACUCUGCAAUCAAACUAAGGGAGUUUGUUGAUCCUGCACCCAUCUUGCCACCAGGCUUGGUUGUUCGCCCUGGAAAGGAUGUCUGUGGAUUGCAUCCUGGACAAGUGGGACGGCUCCACCAGACAUAUGUGCCUGGACGAGCUCCAGGGCCUUUCAGUAGACUGCAACCAGCUCCAGUAAACUAUGAAGCCCAAACUCCAUUUCAACCUGACUUUGACAAUUCAGCUCUCAGGAAGUAUGUUCAUUUUCUAAAAAUAGUGAGAAGGCCCACAGCUGACUGGUACAACCAAACUUCCUACAAGGCAGCAUUUGACUUGCCUUAUCUCAAAACAGGUCAUGAAAAUAAACACACGCCAACAACAGUUCCUGUACCAUAUACUACCUUGAAUAGAGCAUUUGCUCAGAGGAUGUUUUCUGCUGCCCAGGCCUACUCUUGAGUGGAAGAAUGAAAGAAAAAUCUUGGAAAAGGAGCAUAAAUCACUCUUGCAUUCAA